ACAAUUCCGGUGUAAGAAUUCGGGUAGUCCGACCCAAUGUCAUUUACCGUCUGCGCACGAGGCGCAUUUUAGAGAGCAACCACAACAUCCCGUCACAAAAUUCGGAAGCCGCCACCGGAACCUCCGAAAUCCAUCUGAGAAGAAUUUGUGAUGGCGACGGAGAAGAGCGAUGUGUCUUCCAUGGAAGUCGAUGAUCAGAUCAGUACCAAUCCUAAGUUCUCAAUCAACGUCUUGCAACUUUUAAAAUCCUCGCAGAUGCAGCAUGGAUUACGUUUUGGGGACUACACUCGCUAUCGGAGAUAUUGCACUGCUCGGUUAAGGAGACUCUACAAAUCGCUGAAGUUCACGCAUGGGCGUGGGAAAUAUACCAAAAAGUCUAUAACAGCACCUACUGUUACUGAAGUUAGGUUUCUUCAUCUGGUUCUCUAUACUGCCGAAAGAGCAUGGAGCCACGCCAUGGAGAAGAGACAGCUGCCUGAUGGUCCAAAUGCACGUCAACGGAGCUAUCUAAUUGGCAGGUUGCGUAAAGCAGUAAAGUGGGCUACACUUUUUGCAGAAUUAUGUGCUAUGAAGGGAGACUCUAGAACAUCAUUAGAAGCUGAGGCUUAUGCCUCGUAUAUGAAGGGAAGUUUGUUAUUUGAACAAGACCAGAAUUGGGACAUUGCAUUGAAGAGUUUCAAGAGUGCUAGGGUUGUUUAUGAGGAACUGGGAAAAUAUGGAGAUCUAGAUAAUCAAGUUUUGUGCCGUGAGCGUGUUGAGGAACUAGAACCAAGUAUACGCUACUGUUUGCACAAAAUCGGCGAGUCAAAUUUGCAAGCUUCUGAACUCGUACACAUAGGGGAAAUUGAAGGACCUGCUCUGGACCUUUUUAAAGCUAAAUUGGAGGCUGUUAUGGCUGAAGCUAGAUCUCAGCAGGCUGCAUCCAUGACUGAGUUUCGUUGGCUGGGUCAUCGAUUUCCAAUAUCAAAUGCAAAGACUCGUGUUUCCAUAUUGAAAGCUGAGGAAUUGGAGAAAGAGCUCCUUGAUAGAAUGGAAGGUGCUCUUCCAGCUGAGAAAAAACUUGCUGUUUUUGACAAAAUUUUUGCUGCAUACCAUGAAGCCCGGGGCUCCAUUCGCAAUGACUUGACCACUGCAGGUAAUUCUGAAAACAUAAAGGAUGAUUUGAGUGGCCUUGACAAAGCUAUAGGUGCUGUGCUAGGGCAACGAACCAUUGAACGCAACCAGCUGUUAGUUAGCAUAGCUAAGAGUAAGCUUAGCAAGGCCCGUGAUGAGAAAAAUGAGAAAGUCACCAAGCCCGAAGAACUUGUGAGGUUAUACGAUCUUCUGUUACAGAAUACAGCAGAUCUUUCUGACUUGUUGAGUUCUGGAAGAGAGAGAAAGGAGAAAGAAAUUGCAUUAUCUGAAGAAUGUGAAGUCAAAAGUUUGAUCUUCCGAGCGGAAAGGUGCUUUUUCUUGGCUAAAUCUUAUAGUUCAGCUGGGAAGAGGACAGAAGCAUAUUCUUUGUUUUCUCUUGCUCGCUCUCUGGCUGAAAAUGCUCUAAAGAAACUUCGGAUUGUGGCUAACCAAGAUCAGGUGAUGAUCAAAGAAUUGGAGAUAUUACUCAAGGAUUGCAGAUCUCACAGUUGUAUUGAACAUGCAAUGGGGAUUAUGGAACACGAGAAGGCUCCUGAGGAUAUUUCGAAGAAGAUCUCUAAUGUAUCUAUAUCUGGGAGUGAUAAGAAGUCGGAAAAGUUCCUGAUAGAGAAACUGGAGUGCUACGAAUCGGCUGUUGCUGAUAGCAGCACAAGAGUAGCUCCUCGUAUUGCAGCAUACCAGCCAGGCUUCCAAGCAAUUCCCCGUAAUCCGAUCGUACUGGACCUUGCUUAUAAUUCAAUCGAUUUCCCAUCGAUAGAGAACAGGAUGAAGAAAGACAAAAAGGGUUUCAUUAGUAGGCUCUGGGGAUAAAAUUAUAGCAUCAGAUUUCCAAUCUGGUUCAAGCUUUCUUAGAUUUUGAACAAUUUUGUAACUGUUAAUUUGCCGGCUCUCCGUCUGUCCGUUGCAUACUGUGUGUGUUUGUGUUUUUCUUUGAACCAUUUUCUUAAGAGAAUGUGAAUUCACCUUUGGAUUUAUAGAGGGAUCAUGUUUUA